AUGGCGAACCGGUGGUGGGCCGGGUCUGUGGGUCUAGAGAACUCUGGUGACUCCAUGAGAAAACCGGAUCUGGGGUUUUCUAUGAACGAGAGUGCGGUCACUGGGAACCAAGCGGGGGAAGAAGAAGAGGAGAAAGAAAACAGCGACGAGCCCAGAGAGGGAGCUAUUGACGUCACCAACACGCGCCGCCCGAGGGGUCGUCCACCGGGGUCCAAGAACAAGCCCAAACCGCCGAUAUUCGUCACCCGAGACAGCCCUAACGCGCUGCGGAGCCACGUCAUGGAGAUAGCCAGCGGCGCCGACAUCGCCGACUGUGUGGUCCAGUUCGCACGGAGGCGCCAGCGCGGCGUGUCCGUUCUCAGCGGGAGCGGCGCCGUCGUCAACGUCACUCUCCGCCAGCCCACCGCGCCCGGCGCCGUCAUGGCGCUCCACGGGCGCUUCGACAUCCUCUCCCUCACCGGCUCGUUUCUUCCCGGGCCGUCCCCGCCCGGGGCCACCUGUCUCACCAUCUACCUGUCCGGCGGCCAGGGACAGAUCAUCGGCGGCGGCGUGGUGGGCCCGCUGGUGGCGGCUGGUCCCGUUUUGAUAAUGGCGGCUACGUUUUCCAAUGCAACGUACGAGAGAUUGCCCUUGGAGGAGGAUGAUCAGGAGCAGGGCGGUGGCGGCGGGUCUCCGCCGGGGAUGGGAGGCGGUCCCGGCGAAGCGACGUCGUCUAUUUCAGUGUAUAACAAUAAUGUUGGUCCGAGUUUGGGUCUUCCGAAUGGUCAACAGGUGAACCAUGAAGCUUAUUCUUCUCCUUGGGGCCAUGCUCCUCAUGCCAGACCUCCUUACUAG